GAAGAGCAGAAGAAAAUCUAUACGACAGGAACGAUCCAAGGUCGGUACUAUCGGUGUUCGGCAUCGACAAGAGACCUGGUAGGUACGCGCACACCUACUUCAAUACGCAAACAAAGCUGCCUGCCCAUCAUCUGGUCUGCUUUCAAACCAAUUGCUCGGCCCGAGCGUGUGUGAGAAGUUAGUGUCCGCUCACCUUUUCUUUUUUUUCUUUCUUUUUUUUUUUAUAAUCAGCCUCGUCGCAGAAGAGUACACCUUUGGGUUGAACCUCUGAAUCUUAUGCUUCUUGGCGAAAUAUCGGCGCGACUUGCUAGACUCUACUUUUUUUUUUUUGACAAGAAGACCAACGCCAUAAUCCUUCUAGCGCGAACCCAACAGCAGCCUUGUCAAAUCCUACAUGCCAGACACCAUGCCUACUCGAAGGGAGUCGGAGCCUCUGCUGGGGCGACCCGGUGACGCUACGCAGGCGUCGAACCAGCCGUUCUAUGCAAACUUAUACCUGGGAACAGGUUUUUUCACCCUUGUCGGCGUCGUCAUGUUCUGCUUCGAGGUCUGGUACUCGACGCUCAGCCAAAAGUUCCUGCCACUCUUCACGCCGCACCCCCUCCUCCAGAGCGCCGCCGUCGCCAUCGCCCUGAUCGGCGUUCUGGUCCUGCAGCCGACGACGUCCGCCGACACCGAGAGGAAGAGGCAGGGCGCGAGGCUGCACGUCGGCAUCAUGGGGCUCGCGGGCUUGACCUUCAUGGCCGGCGUCGCCAUCAUCGAGGCCAACAAGAUCAAGGGCAACAACCCUCACUUCAAGUCCCUGCACGCCUACCUCGGCGUCGCGACCGCAAUAAUCAUCGCCUGCCAGGCCACGUUCGGCGUCCUCAUGUGGGCCGUCCCCGGCGCCUUUGGGGGCGUGGACAAUGCCAAGGCAACCUGGAAGUACCACCGCUGGUUUGCCUAUGUCGUCGUCCUGCCCAUGAUCGUGUUUACCUGCCUCUCGUCGCUCGGAACGGGCUUCAAUGUAAACGUGCUUCACAUGCGCCCUUGGAUUUUUUACCUCUCUUUUAUCCUGACCAUCAUGGGUCUUGCUCCUCGCAUCCACCUUGACAAGCUGGGCUUCCGUCAGCCAACGAGCAUCUAGAGGCAGUGAGAGCUUUUCUUUCCGUCAUGUACAUGAGUUCUUUGGGUAUAAAAGUAUCUGGGGCGCUGGCUCUCACUGGGGAAAUUCUCUCGCUUUGAGAAAUGUUGGUUCCAGUUUCGCUGAUUGAAUUUUGCGCUACGCUUUUGGUUUCGGACCGUCCGAUUUUUCAGGUUGUAUAGCUGUACCAGUCAAUUACAUCCCCGGCUUUUGAUAGUGCCAAGGUGAUAUAUGAGCGUGAUAGCAGGUCAGGUUUGGCUCGGCUUAGCUGUCAACCUUCAGAGUUAACACUGAGGAAAUCAUGCUUUUAUAACUGUGAUAUCAUCGAU